AGCUUAUAUUUCACACCAGUAUUCAGAGCUUUUACAGAGUCUAUUUGUGACCUAUUCAAUUCUCGAUGGAAGUUCAUUCAAGUAUUUCAGCGAACACAGAUGACCUAGAGGGUAUUUCUCCUCGUGCUUGUUUUGGAAUGAGAAUUGGCAGCCAUUUUCCACUUAUGGCAUCCCGCUAAUCAAAUCUCUUUCCUUUUGCUAGGAGGGUGAAUUGGAAGGGUCAUAUUUAUCUAUGUCUAAAAAGCAAAGACAAAAUGAUACUUUAAGAGCAUCUUUGACCUUUGCAAACCACAUCAAUAUACAAUAGGCCGAAAUGUACUGAUUGUAAGCCUUAGGGCCCAGUAGCAAAAUGAAAUUGGCGGUAAUGGAUUAAACACGUGAGAAAGCAUUGCCUGGAACAUUAUGAAAUUGUGGUUAGGGUUCGUGCAAGUAUUGUUCAAUCUUUCGUUUGAGUUCUUGCUUGGACCAGUAGAGACAACCCGGUUUUUUCGUUAGAUAAGAUUUUUUUGCUGGAAUGCCAAAUUAUUUUACUUUAUCAAAUCUACGUAAAAGUUUCUAGAUCCAAUCUAAAGCGUGAAACAGCAGAAACAUUUCCCUGUUUUGUAUGUCACUUUUCUUCUGCCUUGCAAAGAGCGUCUUGUGAAGAGAGGCAUGUCGAUUUUGGAGGUUUGCUCUUUCUGUGACGCCUGGUGUGAAUGUAUUUGUUGAGUUGUUAUGUGUUUUUCUUUAGUUUUAAGGAAUAUUUCAACAUUUUUGUUGCUGGCUGUCGUGGCUGGACCCCGAUUGUAUCAUGUUCUUUUCAGCUACGGCAGCUGUAGAGUAUCUAAAUGUAGAUUGAGUUGUUUUUAUGUGUUGAAAAAAGUUAUUUUCGAAAUCAAAGUAGCACGGGCUAUUAUAUUAACAGUACUGGCCAAUGCUAGAAAAAACUUUCCAUUUUCCAAAAAGUUUUUUUAUCGCAUUAUCUACCCGCUUAUUCUUUAAAUUUCGCAUAACAACAAUAAUUAUGGGUGUACUUGGGCAUUGCACUCACAUGCUUUGCCCUAAAACUUGCAGCAGGGUUUCUUAUGAUUUUAUUACAAUCAUAAUCUUUUUUGUUUAAUCAACUGAACCAGGAUAUAUUGCAUUAACAUCUUAGGAGACAGUUGCUUGAAUUUUAGUUGAUCCUCUUAUAAUAACUCUAUUUGGCUUCUGAACAAAGCCAUAGAUGUUUAUCUUCCCUUUUAAAAGAUUAUCUUCCCUGUUACAAUCCUUUGAAGUAAACCAGACAAUUUCAAUUCUUGUUUUCAAUUCUUGAACUCCAGCCCCUUGACCCUUUUUUCCUUGCUCAUAAGAAUUGUGAACUUUGCACAAAUAUCAUGCUCUUGUCCGCUGGCAUUGCCAGAAUUGCGGAUUUCGUCACAAGACGAUGGUUCCCAGACUCCCUUGAAACACAAUCUGUUAUCUCACUCCACUGUCUAUGCGCUGAAGCCGGUCUGUCUAGCUCAGUUAUAUCAACUCUGCUACUGUUUGGUUUGGCGAGCAACAGGUAAUUCUGCGUUGUUCGACAUUCACAAACAAUGGAGGCAAAUGGAGACUCAUGCAAUAACAAUGUUAUUGAAACUGAACUAGCUGAGAAAAGUGAUGUCGCAGAUUUUGAGGGUAAAAUGCAAGUGACUGCCAGAAAGGGAACAACGGAUCAGAUUAGACGAAGAUAUGCAUCCUUGCUUACCAAACAUCCGUGGAUUGCUUUCCUUACAACUUUCCUUGCCGUCAUUGUGGCUGGAGCAACCGGAUUUGUCAAGGAGCUUGGGGCAAAGCCAUUACCAAAUUUCUCGACACCAGGCAAGGGUUUUGAAGCUAGAGGUACGACCAUCAGCAACAGAAUCAUCGCAUACAACAAUCUCUACGAGGAAAUGCCUGGCAUUGAAAGACUACAGACCAGCAGUUAUAUUCCAUCCAUGCAAGAUACUCUGUCACCAAACCAGGUUAACUCAACAUGCUCCAUGGAAGUAUACUCCUACUUGCUUUCGAAGACAGUCUAUACAACUGUAAAGGAUGGGGAUGACCUUUUCACUGCAGAAAAUCUGCGGGAAAUGUGCAGCUUAGAAGAUGCUAUUGUCCGAAAAGUAGCACAGUUUAAGGAAGAGUGCGUGAAAGGCGGGCCAACCAAAGACUGCUGUCCAUCGCUCUCGAUUGGUUAUUACGUAGCUGUUCUGACAAACAAAACAAGUUGUUCCAGUAUACAAGAAGCUGAUGUGCAAUAUGUUCGUGGACUCAUACAAGUUUUACAGCAAAAAAGUAACAGCAACAAGAGAACUGCUCUAAAUAAAUCAUCUAGACAAUUUCGUAUAUUGUCGAACAUAAUGAAUUUCAUGGUGGAUAAAACAUUUGCUGCUAAUACGUCAGCAAAGCUAUCGUAUGCAUUGGUUUUCAGUCCGCUACAGAUGCCAAGCAGAAAGUUUCUGGAGAAUUUGUAUAAAGAAAAUCUGCAGAAAACGCCACUGACCAACGGAGUUUGGGUGAAACUGACGGCCUACGACUUUCAGAACUUGAAGACAGUCGCAUACGACAGCCAACUGCUUGCCGAUGUCUGGUACAUUAUGCUAGCAGUCGGCUUGAUUUUAGGACUCAUGUGGGGUUACAGUGGCUCUCUCUUCAUCAGCAUCAUGGGUUUUAGUGCAGUAGUUUUCGCCGUUAUUUUGUCAUAUUGGCUCUACUCUGUUGUGUUUGGACUGGUCUUCUUUCCGUUCUUGAACAUCAUGACAGCUAUCUUUGUCGUUGGGAUUGGCGCUGAUGAUAUAUUCGUGUACGUGUUGGCGUGGAGACACGCACAGCAACAGUACUCUAAACAUCAUCCUGGUGUUGACACCAUAACCAAAUGCACAGAAUAUGCGCUAGAACAUGCAACAGCUGCUAUGUUCGUCACAAGCUUCACAACAGCAACAGCAUUCUAUGCAGGUCUCUCAUCCAGUAUCACAGCUUUGCAAUGUUUCUCGAUUUUUGCAGGUACUAGCAUACUGACAAACUAUUUGCUGAUGAUCACAUGGCUGCCAGCAGUGAUAAUUGCGCAGGAGAGGUUUUUUGCACCGUAUACAUGUAGGUCUCCAGUUGUUAGAAAACAGAUUCACCCAGGAACAUCCGCACUCUCACUCAAAGAGUUGGAAAACAAGAGCUCUCGAAGAAGGCCUUGUUUCUCUUUGAACACAUCUGCUAUUUUGGUUAGGUUGAAAGAGCUCUCUGAUGUCAUAUUUCAGCAGUGGAUUGCAAAGGUGGUUGUCAAGCUAAGAUACUGUUGGGUGGUGAUCUUUUUUAUUCUGGCCCUGUUCGGUAUGUUAUCUCUCACAUUCUACCCGAAACUUUCUCUACCAACAACCCAGGAGAUGCCGUUGUUCAUAGAGGACCACAAAAUUGAGAGAUAUGGCUCUGUCAUUAAGAAGAAGCUGAAGAUAGAAGAAAUAUCAUCAACAGACGGACUUCGUUUUCCUAUUAUCUUUGUCUGGGGAGUUCGUAGUGUCGACAAUGGGUAUUUUCUCAAUCCCGAUAGUACGGGAACCACAGAAUGGAACCAUGCCUUUGACAUCACCCCACCUGAAAGUCAGCAAUACAUGCUCAGGUUCUGCCAACAAGUAAAAGAUGAAAGUCUUUAUGACAAGCUUAGAAAUCAAAAUAAUUGGUGUUUCAUGGAAGAUUUGAACAAAUUUGUAAACAAGCCGUGCAAUACCGUUUCAGAUGUAUGCUGUAACAAGACUAUCCCGAUUUCACCAAGCGAGUUCAAACAUUGUACAAAGGAGUAUAUGAGAGGAGGACAAAAGCGAAAUUUGCCAAUCAGAGUCAAUAGUGAUGGAAGUGUCAAAGCGUUGGUGUUCAAGUUUGAAUCCACCCAAAAGUAUUUACUGAAGUAUUUACCUGUUAAAGACUUCUGGAAACAGACUGAAGAUUUUGCAAAAAGAGAAAUUUCCAAAAUGCCUAAAGGAAUGAAUAAUGCAUGGGUGAUCAGUAAUCUGUAUUUUUACGACUUACAAAGGAGCAUCGCUGAUGGGACUAUCAAAACAAUCGCAGUAUCUAUCGGUAUUUCGGCGAUUGUUUUACUCGCUACGACCCAAAACAUUCUGAUCACUUUGUUCGCCGUUAUUGCCAUCACUGCAAUCAUUAGCGUGACCAUUGGCUCGCUUGUAAUGGCUGGCUGGCGCUUGAAUGUCCUCGAGUCAAUGAUGAUGUCCGUCGCCAUUGGGCUUUCCAUUGACUUCACUUUGCACUAUGGAGUUGCAUAUUUCAGCUGUGAAGAUUCCCAAUCAAGGAAGGAUAGAGUUCAUUACUCUCUUUGGCACGUGGGAUCUGCUGUUGCUAUGGGAACCCUGACAACAUUUCUUGCUGGUUUGGUGAUGAUGCCUUCUGUGAUACAUGCCUAUAUUCAAGUGGGACACUUUCUGAUGCUGAUUAUGUCUACUAGUUGGGUAUACUCGACAUUCUUCUUUCUGGCGCUUUGUGCAGUUCUUGGGCCCCAGGGAAAAUUUGGAAACGUGAUACAUUGCUGGAAAUGGAGGCCGAACGCCUCAGUUCAACCAGAAAAGCAACCAGCUGAACAAACAGAAAACGAGUUUGAACUGCAAAGGUAGUAUAGUUAAAUUUAGAAUAUUCAGAUCUGCCAUUAUUCAAAGCAAAGUGAUUACGAGAAAGUUCCAACAAACAAAUCGGGAGGAAAGUUGUUAAUGCUCUCUAAUUUUUGCAAAAAGCCAAAUCUUUGAAAAAAUAAAGAAUCAAACGGUUUCACCUUUGUCAAAUUUAAUUUUGGUUCAAGCUAUGCCAGACAGACAGAUUUCGCAUAACGAGAAGCGAAUUCGGCUUCUUUUGAGAUUCCCAUUAAUAAUUUUUAUGUUGCCAACAUGCUUACAAAAAGUUGUCACUGUUUUGGAGAGGGCAAUUUUUCUUCGGUUCUAUCAUCACAGAGGCAUUUCAGAUCUUCUGAAAAAUAUGCUAUAACGGGAAUAUAUCGCUUUAAACUUGACAGAGCCGGAGAGGCGUUUCAAAAAACUGACUCUCUGCAAGAUUGAAAGAGAUAGCGGUUUUGAAUAUUCAGUAUAAUUGUACCAAGUAAAUGUAGUUUUAUAUUGUAGAGCAUUUCGUAUGCAUUAACUAAGUCCUAAAAGAAUUCCGAAUAGGCGUUUGCAUAUAUUCUGCAGGCAUUCAACAAACAAUGAAGACAUCCUUUAAGAACAUUUGGGACGAUUAAGAUAAACUAUGUAAAUCCUUGCUUAAAAGUCUUUUGACUUUUUGGCGAUCUGUAAUCGCCAAUACAAACAUUGUUUUAGUUUUUAUUUCAAGCUGAAAGAUUAUUCAGAUUUUAAACAGGCAGUGCUUAAAAUGGAUCAGGAAAUUUAUCAUCUUUGAUUACAAAAAGAUUUGUUGAUAGAAGAAGGGAAAUGAUUCUGUUGGGAUCAAUGCUGCCGAGCAACGGGGUUAACGGGCAGGCGGUCACUAGGCCGCAGCGUCUAGACGGCUGACAUUCACUUUUAGGUGCUAUCUAUAAGUAAAGCCACAUAAUAGAAUCUCUAUUCUGUGGUAAAUCUUUAAAGAGAUAUGCGGUUUUUUGCUUCUCAUUAACCCGUUCAAAGCAAAUCAACUUUUGAGUUUAAGCAAUACGACUGGCUGCAAGACUGAAGCGGGCAACAAGUAGCGGGUAGGGUCAAUAACGAGGAAGAAAAUUCCCGUUUCCUUAUGCUAAUUUCCCGAGAAAGUUAGACCACGACUAACUUAAUAAAACAUAGCUAUUGUAGUAGCGAAGUGCAUUUCUUCGACUCUUUUUCAAUAUAAAAGUACAGUUGCUACCGCCCAUCACCAAUUCUUCGCUGAUUUGAGCCCGUUGUAUCUCGGUGAACCAGGAAUUAGUACCAAAUGAUCUUGUGAAUGCUUGAAGUUAGCAAUUUGUUUUAAUUGUAUUAUUUCAUUUCAAAUUAUUAUUUAAAGUAAUCUUCGUAUUUGAUUCACGAACAUUGUAUUUGUGCAUUGAAAAUAAGGGAUAGUUUAUUGUUUAUUGUUAAUUUUCAUCUACAAUGCAGAUUUCAUAGACAGAAAUUUUGUUUACAGUUGGCACGAUUGAGUUUUAUGGUAGUUGUAUAAUGUAGCAUAGUGUAAAUUUGAAAUAAUUGUGAAUGGACCUACUAGUAUAAUUCUAGUUUUCUGGUAUGGUUAGUAUAAAACUAUUUGAUAUAGUUUUCGAAAUGAUAUAAUUUUGUUUCUGUAAUUUGUAGCCUUUAAAGUGCCUAUGACUGAAAUUUGACAAGUUUAGAUAAAGGCACACUUUUUAUAAGCAAAAUUUGCUGAUUUCAAUGAUAUAUGUUGAGCUGAUUGAUUUCUUGCGGAACCGGCUAAAAAUUUAGGUUGAAUAUCCCAUUUUCACGUUUUCGACUGUGACAAAGCGCGCGUUAUCCGUGACGUCACAAAGUUUGCAAACGCGGAAGCAGUUGGCGUUUAGGACACCAAGCAAAAUGAAGGUCGCCAUUGAAACUACAGUUGAAAUAGCCGAAGGAGGCAAUUUGAAGCCAGGGUUCAUAUCCAAUCUUUUUAGAGCAUCAAACUGUCCGUUUUUGCAAAGUUUCAUACUGUUUCACCAAAGUACGACUGAAAUACGAUAAUACCGUCUAUUAAGGUCUGGGCAAUGUACCCCAGUCUAAAAAUAGAACAAGGUGGCAAUUUCCAGAUGGGGUCUACAACCUAUUAUUUUCUGCGUAUCAGAUUGCCAACUAUUGCAAAGCUUCCUGCCAUUCUACCUCCUUCAGCAGAGGUAUCAAAAUAACGUCGUUAGUGGAGUCAUGCGGUAAAGCACCCUAGUCUAAAAAUAGCCCAAGAGGCCAAUUUUUAGUCGGGGUCUAUAUCCAAUCUUUAUCAGCGUAUAAAACUGUCCUACUUUGCAAAGAUUUGUGCCGUAGUACUAAAGUGUGACUGAUAUGCGAUAAUACCGUCUUUAAAGGUUCUGGAGUAAAGUACCCCAGUCUAAAAAUAGAAAUAGGGGGCAAUUUUCAAUUGGGUUCCAUAUCCUAUCUUUUCAGUGUAUCAAGCUACCCCUUAUUGCAAAAUUUCAUGCUGGUAUCACAAUUUGCACCAUUGUUUGACUAACAGUCCUGACUAAGUGGUAUAAUGUGUUUAUUGUGGAGACUGAACCAACUGCACUGAACCUUGUGACGUCACUGAUUCUCUUGCUUUGUCACUCGCACCCAUUGUUUUUAAAACACCAAAAACAAACUUUUCCGUGCAAAUUUUCAAGUUAAUUUUCGUUUUAUAUUGCAACAACAUGUAGAAGUUUCAAUUUCUAUCAAAAAAACUAUAUGUGAAAUUUCAUUUAAUAGGCACUUUAACAUGGCCCAAUCGUAGUGUUUAUGAACUUUAGAAUGAUGAUUUUUGUUAGGCUAGUGCCCAGGACUUUUCUUUGACCGUCAUCUAGAAAUCCUUGCACUGUACAUAUGAAAUGUUGACAACUUGCUUAAAUUGAAUUUACGAAAUGUGUAUCUUUAAUUGUUUUUUCUAUCGGUAAACAAUAUUAAA